CGAGCGGAGCCGGCCGGAGCGGCAGUGCGGGCUGUGGCACCACUCCUUCCUCGGCUGCCUCGCGUGGAGAUCCUGACUUUCUUUUCGUGCUAUUUUUUUUUUUUUAUUCAAUUCAAAAGGAAAGAUAUUUUUUUAAUUUUUUUUUUUUUUUUUAAAUAUCUAUAUUUUUUCACUCCGCUUUUCAUCGCGGUUCGCGGCUGGAGUUCGCCCUCGCUCCCUCCCGGCUGCGCUGGGGCCAUUCCUGCCCGGCUUUGUGCCCUGCAGACCCGGCCCUCCUCUUCCUCCUCCUCCUCCCCCUCCUGCCGUAAAACCUUCACGAGGCUCCGAGCAGCAUCCGAAAGCGCCGCAGCCGCUCGCCCAAACCACUGCAACAAAAACCCUUUUUAUAUAUUUUUAUUAUCCUAUAUUUCCCCCACCUCCUCCCCCAUUCCCCAUUUUAUUUCUCCUCCUCCCUCCCGCAAACGCAUCAAGGUGGACGCGGAGCGCAAAAAGACCUUUGUUUUAAAAAUGCCCAUGGAGCUGACGCAAAGCCGCAUCCAGAAGAUUUGGCUUCCCAAUGACAACCGCCCGGCGCUGCCCCGCCGCUCCUGUGGGCCUCAGCUUGCCAAUUCUCCCACUGUGAUAGUCAUGGUUGGCCUCCCAGCCCGUGGCAAGACCUACAUCUCCAAGAAGCUGACUCGCUACCUCAACUGGAUUGGUGUCCCCACAAAAGUUUUCAAUGUCGGCGAGUAUCGCCGUGAGGCCGUGAAGCAUUACAGCUCCUACGACUUCUUCCGUCCUGACAACGAGGAGGCCAUGAAAGUCAGGAGGCAAUGUGCCCUGGCUGCCCUGAGGGAUGUGAAGCUGUACCUGACGGAGGAGGGCGGGCAGAUCGCGGUCUUUGAUGCCACCAACACCACGCGGGAGAGGAGAGGGAUGAUCCUGAACUUUGCCAAAGAGAAUGGAUUCAAGGUGUUCUUCAUUGAAUCUGUCUGCAAUGAUCCCAACGUGGUUGCCACCAAUGUUAUGGAAGUCAAAUUGUCCAGCCCAGAUUACCGGGACUGUAAUUCCACUGAUGCCAUGGAGGAUUUCAUGAAGAGGAUCAAUUGUUACCAAGCCAGCUACCAGCCUCUUGACCCUGAUGACUAUGACAGGGAACUUUCUCUCAUCAAAGUCAUCGACGUUGGCCGGCGGUUCCUGGUGAACAGGGUUCAGGAUCACAUCCAGAGCAGGAUUGUGUAUUACCUGAUGAACAUCCACGUGCAGCCCCGCACCAUCUACCUCUGCCGGCACGGGGAGAGCGACUUCAACCUCAAGGGCAGGAUUGGGGGGGACUCUGGCCUCUCCAACAGGGGCAAGAAGUUUGCAGAGGCACUGAACAAAUUUGUGGAAGAGCAGAACCUGAAGGACCUCAAAAUUUGGACCAGCCAGCUAAAGAGGACAAUCCAAACAGCAGAAGCUCUUCAGCUACCCUAUGAGCAGUGGAAGGCACUCAAUGAAAUCGAUGCUGGUGUGUGUGAAGAAAUGACCUAUGAAGAAAUCAGGGAGCAGCAUCCAGAGGAAUUUGCUCUGCGUGAUCAGGAUAAAUAUUACUACCGUUAUCCUUCUGGGGAGUCCUACCAAGACCUGGUGCAGCGCCUGGAGCCAGUCAUCAUGGAGCUGGAGAGGCAAGAGAACGUCCUUGUCAUCUGCCACCAGGCUGUCAUGCGCUGUCUCCUGGCUUAUUUCCUGGACAAGAGUGCAGAUGAAAUGCCCUACCUGAAGUGUCCCCUGCACACAGUGUUGAAGCUGACCCCAGUAGCCUACGGCUGCAGGGUGGAAUCCAUCUCACUGAACAUUGAAGCAGUCAACACGCACAGAGAUCGACCAGAGGAAGCAAAGAAGGGACCUAACCCGCUCAUGAGACGUAAUAGCGUUACCCCUCUAGCAAGCCCAGAGCCCACCAAAAAACCUCGCAUCAACAGCUUUGAGGAGCAUGUGGCUGUUUCUGCUGCCCUGCCAGCCUGUGUUCCUCAGGAAGUGCCCACGCAGAUGCCGGGACAAAACAUGAACAGCUCCCAGAAGCCGUCGUGACUCCGUGAGCACCGCCAGCUUCUCAUCCCAUCGCCAUUCCCGCCGCUUGCUGGCCCCGGGGGCCCCUCCAGCCCUGGCUGUGCCAGCCCCACGCUGGGCUGGCUCCACUCACGCUGCCAGCUCCUCCCCAGAACCCCACUGCUGCUCGGGGGGAUGCAGGAGAGCCGAGGAGGGGCAGCCCGGCUCUCCUCUCCAGCAUCCUGUUAGGUCGUAGCGAGCUGUAAAGUGCUUCUGUAGUGCACAGGAGUUGCAUUUUCUUCUCUUUCCAGUGGUUUUGACCUUCUGUAUAGAUGAUUGGUACCCACCCAUCUCUGGGUGGGGUGUGUAUAUAUGUGGAUGGUGCGGGGUUAGCAGAGAAACAGGGGGAAGGGGGGGUGGGUAAAGGGGUUUUGCAUAUUUUUUUUUUAAUUAUUAUUAUUAAUGUUGUUAAUUACUUUUGAAUAAGCCCCUAACAUGCUGUGCUGCAGUCCCUCACCCACACUACAACUGGUCACACAUGCCAGCCUGGCUCAUGCAGAUCUGUGAGCACCAGGAAAGCAGCUGUGUGAACUCCUUCACUGCAAGAACUGCUGGGUUUAAUAAAAAAAACACCAACUCAUUCUUUCACUUUUUUUUUUUUCCAAGAUGUUUGCAGAGAAUGUAGAUCUGCUGCUAAAAUUGGUUGAAAGAUGCCUGCAGUGCAUGAGGAGCCAUGCCAGCAGGGGCUUGGGUGAUGCUUUCAUCUUGGGGAGCACCCAGAGAUUGUCUGAGUUCAGGCAUGGGUUGAAUUUUGGGGAGGCUGAGCACUGUUUGAGGUGCUGUGCUGGUACUUCAUCUCCCUUUUCUUCUUUUUUAGAUGAAAGUGGAGGUAUUGGGAAGGGUUUGAAUCCUGAGGCUUAGAUGCAUUUUGCAGACACACAGAUCUCAUGGAGGUGACCAGAGAUCUGACUGCAAAAAGCCACAGGAAGGGACAGUCUUGUCUGUAUUUUUUAAAUUUUAUACACACACAUGUGUGUAUAUGUGUAUACUUAGAAACUGCUUGGUUUUUGCACUUUAUUUGUGGCAGAAGCAUAACUACUUUAUUUUUUUUUUUUUUUUCCCAAGUCGUGCCCCUUACCAGGGGAAGCCUGAAUACAGGCAGCUCUUUCUGUUUAAUUGUUUUUUGCAUGCUGGAAAGCUGGAACUACAAAAUAAUAGUAGUUACAGUAUUUGAGGUGGGGGGAACAGGGUGAGGUCCUGACUCCAUCAGCCAACUCCCAGUGGUUUGAUCUAUAAGCUCCCUUGUUGGCAGCCUGUCCUGGGCUGGGAGACACAUUUAAAAAUGGCAAUUAACCACUAUUGCUUUGUGCAAAAGUCUGUGGAUUUUGGAUGAUUUUUUUUUUUUCCCAUUUUUCAGUAUUUUGGGUUGGUUUUGGGAUAUUUUUCCCCCCACCUAUGUGCAUGUUCUCCAUACCCAUCUCAUGUUUUUUUUUUUUUUUUUUUGCUGGAGGCAGGAGGUGAAAGCAGCACCCCCCUCCUUUGGAUUCAUCCUUCCCAUGGCUUUCCCCAGUGUCCUGCACACCAUCCCCAGAGAUGGGAGAGGAGAGGCUUGGUGGAGAAAUGCUAUUUUUGUGAGAGCUGUGUGUGUUUUGGGGGUGGGUUUGGUCUGUUUUUCCUUUGGGAAAAGGUGAACCACAGUGCCUGCAGGGCCAUGCUCAGCCUGUGUCCCCUGGGGGUGACAGUCCUGGCAGUGCCCUGCCUGUGAGAGCUUGUGCAUAUGUGUAUCAUAGCCCUGUACAGAUAAAACAACACUCCCCCUCCUAGACUUGUUAAAAUAACCUUUAAAAGCAGACUUCUCCCUCUGUGCCCUGGGUGGCAUCUUGUGCUUUCAGUUUCUCUGCCUUUCACACAAAUGAAUGUUUUGGGGAGCUGCUCACUUGGCUCUUGUCAACUUCCUCCUUCAUGGGGAGUUUUAUCUCUCCCCUCCUGCUGCAGAAAGAUAAGCCAGCAAACACAAACAUGACGUCUGGCUGCCCUGAGAUCAGUCCUGUACACGUGAAAUUGCACAGAUGUUUGUGUGUGUGUAUAUAUAUAAAUAUAUAUAUAAAAAACAAAACAAAAAAACCAACAAAAUUGCCCUAAACUUUGAUCCUUUGGUAAUAAUAGAUGUCCCAGUAGAUCUACAAAAAUUUGAACAUGGUGGGUUUUUUUCCAGCAUUGAUAAAAUUGCUCUCUUAGUUCCUCUUGUGGUGCAGGGGUUGGUGGGAUGGUGUCAACUCUGUGCCAUCACAACUGCCCCAAAAAACCUGCUGUCCAUUAUUUUGGUUAACAGAGCCAAGGACUGGGCAGUUGAUGCCACAGCCAAGGCACAUUGGGAGAGAGGACAUGUUAAACCACACCAAUGAUUUCUUCCCCCAUCUCUUUUUUUUUUCCUCUCUGGUUUUUGUUUUCCUUUGUGAUACUUGAAUUUAUUUUUUUAUUUUUUUUUUAAUAGCAAAGCGCUCUUUAUUUAUUUAAUGUAUACUGCAAAGCUUGGAGAGAAGGGUGUAGUUACUUGGGAUUGCUUUUUUUUUUUUUUUUUAAUUUGUGGUAUGUUAACUGUUCUGUAAAUACAUGUGGAAUAAUUGCCUGAUAUAAAGCUGUGCCAGCUUAAAAACAGGGUAUGCCUUUCAGAAAUUUGUAUAUUUUGCAGUUGCUGGACCAAUA